AUUCUGCCGGCAUCAAAUAUCGGCCACCCGGCAAGAGUUGAAAUUUUGGACUACUAUUUCAACAACCAACCCUAUGCAUUUGCGAGCAUACACUUCCAAGGCACCAAAUUCGGAUUCAUUCCCUCCCCAGCUGUCGCAUCCUUCUCCUCUCGCGGGCCAAGCCGCAUGAAUGGCGGGAUCAUCAAACCCGACGUGCUUGCUCCUGGAGUCAACAUUUUGGCCGCAUGGCCAAGAGAUGUUGGCCCUAACCCAAAUCCAUUGGCGACCCACACGUUCAACUUUGAGAGUGGAACCUCCAUGGCCACGCCGCACGUAUCUGGGAUUGUGGCAUUGGUGAGAAGCAAGCAUCGCGGGUGGACCCCUGCAGAGAUCAUAUCAGCGAUCGUGACGACUGCAGUAGACUCAUGGUCGAAUUCCGGCGAUCUCAUUGUCGACGAUAACUCUUACAAAACUGCUGGGAUAUACGCCACGGGGGCUGGUCAGGUGAACCCAACCAGGGCGAUGGACCCAGGCCUUGUGUUUGGGCUCACCUUAAACGACUAUAUUGGAUAUCUUUGUGGCCUUGGGUAUAAUGACCAAGAGGUUUCGUUUACAAUCGGAAAACAAACGAGCUGCAAUGGUGUUCAAUAUCUAACCGCAUCUCAACUUAAUUAUCCAUCAAUUGCGGUCAAUUUUACAAGGUCAGUGACGAGUCAAACAGUGAGCAGGACGGUGAAGAAUGUGGGGGAUGCGAGAGAGGACUACUCGGCUAAGAUUACUGAGCCCCUAGGGGUAACAAUUUAUCUCUCCACUUAUAAGCUUCAAUUUACGAGGUUGAAUCAAGAAGAGAGCUACAGCAUCUACUUUGCCUUGAACGGUGCUUAUCCGAGCCAGGGGAGUGACAUGAUAGGAAGAG